CCAGAGCAAGCGGGGCUCGCGGUAUCCCCCCAAAGAUUUCUUUCUCAACAUGCCGAUGUCCAAUCAGGGAUGGCCUGAGGAGUUUGGCUUCCAGCUGGGAGGAAGUGGCCCCAGCUACAUCCUGUCUGUAGAGGAGGGGAGCAGCGCUCACCUUGCCGGGCUGCAGCCUGGGGACCAGGUGCUGGAGCUGGAGGGUCAGAAUGUGUCCACGCUGGCGCCCCAGGCCGUCGUCGCCAUCGCCCAGGCCCAGAAGAACAUCCCGCCCAGUAUCGGGGUGGUGUCACGCGUACAGCAGAUGGACAUCACACCGGGUCCAGAUGGUCGUUUCGGCUUCACCAUCGUGGGAGACUGCCCCCUCCUGGUGGAGGACUGUUCUCCGUGUUCUCCGGCCGGCCGUGGAGGCCUGCGGGCCGGGGACUACGUGAUGGAGGUCAACGGGAUUCCCGUCCGGCAGCACGAGACAGCCGCGACAUUGAUCAAGGCGUCUCAGGGGAGGACGCUGCGUCUGGGGGUGCUGUGCCUGGGGUCGAGACAGAAGCGCAGCAGCAGCAUCGAAGACAGCCAGCUGGGAGGAGACGGGCUGAGGCUGGACCGCAAACACAAGGCUCUGGAGUUCAACAGGAAGAUUGAACAGAUUCUGGGGGACGAGCCUGAGGUGAAGGAGAGGCUCUUCGCCGUACUGAAGCAUUACGCAGCAGUGAAGAAAGUCGACUGGCUGGCCUCCGUCCUGCCCGAUAUCCUCACCACCGAUGAGCAGCGACAACUCCUCUCCAGCAUCAGGAUCUUCAUUCCCAAGAAGCACCGGCAACGCUUUGAUGAGGCCGUAUCCCAGAACCUGAUCAACCGGAUCUGCCGCAGUAAGAGCAUCAGCGAGCCGCAGGGCCGCCGCAGCCGCAGCCGCAGCGAGGACAACCCCGAGCGACACCACGGAUCCAAACGGGCCAGCUCUGUCCCCAGAGACGGAGGCCAGCCGGGCGGGAGAGCGGACGGGGACAGAGACCGAGGCCCCAGGAAGUCCAUCUCUGGAGCACCGGGCCAUCCAGCAACAGGACCCAAUCAGAGAACCGUCCGGGUCUACAGGGGCAAGAAGAGUUUUGGCUUCACCCUGAGGGGUCACGCUCCCGUCAGCAUCGACUCCGUCAUACCAGGAAGGGUGUCUGAGUCACCAGUGAGAAGGCGGGACUGUGGGACCGUCGGGGCUUCAGCGGAGCCUGGUGGACGGUGGCUGUAUGCUGCGGGCUGUCAGGAGCUGCUCAGAGAUGUUUUGUUCAGGAGCUGCUCCCAUGAGAAGGUGGUGUCCAUGCUGCAGGGCAGUGGGGCCAUGCCCACCCUGGUGGUGGAGGACGGUCCGGUUGAAUACUCGCUGUCGGACCAAACCGACCCGGAGGACCCGCCGGGCCUGGCUCCCACCUCCGCCCCGCGCUCCAGGUCCCCGGCCCUCAGCUCUCUGCAGUGGGUGGCGGAGAUCCUCCCCCCCAGCAUCAAGGUCCACGGCCGCACCUUCAGCCAGCAGCUGGACCACCUGCUGACCGUGCAGGAGAGAUACACCGUCUGCAAGGCCUUGGAGACCUUCUUCCAGCACAGGAACGUGGACACCCUGAUAGUGGAUGUGUUUCCGGUGCUGGACACACCAGCUAAGCAGCUGAUCUGGCAGUUCAUCUACCAGCUGCUGACCUAUGACGAGCAGGAGCACUGCAGGAGCAAAAUCUCGCGUUUCCUGGGCUUCAAGACCAGCGCAGCGUUGGAGCCUGAGCCUGGUGGGGAGCACCAUCGGAGGAGCAGCUCAAUGCGCGUGACGGGCAGCUCUUACCGAAACAACGUCCGAGAGAGGAGUUCUGACGACUGCAUCAUUGGAACACAUCUGGGAAUGGGAAUUCAUGUCGAUGCAAACGGGAGCCCUGAGGAGAGGCAGUGUGGAGACGGGACCUCUUUCCCAGAGUCCCCCGACCUCAAACACAUGUCAGGUGUGUACACGGAGCUGGAGAACAUGUACGCAGGGAAGAGUGGGUCUCCACUGCAGAGCGUCUCCUCACCGGGCCCCGAGGGCCGGGGACAGACUGAGGCCUUUGGCCGCUCUCUUUCCCCCCUCACACUGCCCCCCAUGACAGGUACUCUGGAGCUGAUGCACGCACGCACACACACACACACACACACACACACAAAAGCCCAUGCACAUCAUGAGUUACACUCCACUCGGUAUAAGAUGUACCAUAAAUACUGUAAAUGUCCUCAACAUCUGCUGCUGAAGGGAAACCGCAAGUCAGGCCUGUCUCUGUCCUGGAAGGAGCCCCUGCCCACCCCCGUUUAUGAGAUCUACCACCAGGGCAGCCUCGACUCGAACCCCUAUGUGAGCCUGGAGAGCCCCCCUGCCUCCCCCCAGCCCUCGGACAGCGCCCUCAGCCCCCUCAACCGCCGCAAGAAGCUGUUCACCUUCUCCCGGCCGCCACGGAGCCGUGACACCGACAAAUUCCUGGACGCGCUGAGCGAACAGCUGGGCCACCGCGUCACCCUGGUGGACGACUUCGUCCCCGGAGAGAACGACUACGAGGAGAUGAGUUUUCAGGAUGACCAGGAGCUGCAGUUCAUUCCCUGUCAGCUCAGUAGCGGGAGCAGUGAAGACCAUAGCAGCAGCGAUGACACCACCUCCCUCUCCUAUUCCUCUGGCUCUGAGCCCAUCCCCCCUCCCCCCACCGAGAGCCCGCCACCUCCCCCACCCUUCCAGACCCCCAUACCCCCUCCAUUCGAGUUCACCGACGCCCACCCACCAGUGCGCUUCUCCCCGCAGCACAUGCCCCGCGCCCGUACAGGUUUCCAGCCCCACCACCCCAUCAUCCCUCCACCACCACCACCGCCGCGGGUGCUCUUGUCCAGCCGGCCUCCCCUCCACAAGGUGUUCUCCACCGCAGAGGAGGCAGAACGAGGACACCAACGCUUCCAGGCUUCCUCCGGACGGCUGUCCCACUCCCCCUCCAAGCCCCUGAUGUCCCGCCGCUCUCCAAAGCCCUCACGUCCCCCUCACCUCCCCCGACAAGUCAGCCAACCACAGCCUGUCCACCAGCCAUCCCCGCUGCCCUCCCCCCAGCUGCUCAGAUCCAGCCAGCUGGUCCUGCAGAGACACCACCAACUCCACCACCAACACAGCUACCAGGGCCCCUUGCCCCCCUCCCUCCAGGACCAGACCCCCGCACACACUCAAACCCAGACCCAAACUCACCCACCUCCCUCACUCCUCCCCCAGACUCAGAGUGCUCACUCCACUCUCUCCACCCACGCCAAGACCUAUGAGACCACUCGUGUCGAGCUUCAGUCACAGAAGGUGCCUCCACCACCUCCUCCACCUUUGCCCCCACCAUGUGAACCACCGCCGUUGCCCAAGUCGAGCCUGCAUGCGUCAGACACCAACCACAUGAGUGUGAAGCGGCUCCGCUGGGAGCAGGUGGAGAACUCGGAGGGAACCAUCUGGGGGCAGCUUGGAGAGGACUCGGACUAUGACAAGCUCAGUGACAUGGUGAAGUACCUGGACCUAGAGCUGCACUUUGGGACUCAGCGCAGAUCCAUUUCUCCUCCAGAGCCGGCCUUUCUGCCCGAGAGCUUUAAAAAGAAAGACGUGGUGGAGAUCCUCUCACAUAAGAAGGCCUACAACGCCUCCAUCCUGAUCGCCCACCUGAAGCUCUCUGCGGGGGAGCUGCGGCAGGUCCUGAUGAACAUGACCAUAGGCAGGUUGGAGCCGGCUCACAUCAAGCAGCUGCUGCUGUACGCGCCCGACGACGAGGAGGUGAAACAGUACGAACAGUUUGACCAGGAUCCGGCCAAACUCAGUGAACCUGACCAGUUCAUCUUCCAGAUGCUGAUGGUGCCCGAGUACAAGACUCGGCUGCGGAGCCUCCAUUUCAGGACCACGCUGCAGGAGAGGAUGGAGGAGAUGAAGGUCGCCUACGAGUACAUCUACAAAGCCUCCGCAGAACUGAAGAGCAGCAAGAAACUGGCCAAGAUCCUGGAGUUUGUGUUGGCGAUGGGGAAUUACCUGAACAACGGACAGCCCAAAAGCAACAGGACAACUAGUUUUAAGAUCAACUUCCUAACUGAGCUGAGCACAACCAAAACCGUCGACGGAAAAUCCACCUUUCUUCACAUUCUGGCGAAAUCUCUUUGCCAACAUUUCCCCGAGCUGCUCAGUAUUGCCGGAGACCUCACGACGGUGCCUCUGGCAGCCAAAGUGAACCAGAGGGUGAUCACGGCGGAGCUGAGUGACCUUCAUUCCACCAUCCAGGACAUCAGGACCGCCUGUCUCAAGAUCCCUGCUACAUCAGAGGACCACUUCACCUCUGUCAUGAGCAGUUUCCUGGAGAACAGCCACCCUGCGGUCCAGUCGCUGGACUCACUCCAGACCAGAGCCAUGGAGGAGUUCUCCAAGGUGGCCCUCUACUUCGGAGAAGACAGCAAGGCCACCAGCACAGAGGCUUUCUUUGGCAUCUUUGCAGAGUUCAUCUCCAAGUUUGAGAGGGCGCUCAGUGAGACGCAGGCCACAGAAAAUCCCAGAAGCCCCAGACUGCCCUCUCCUCUGGCCUGGUAGAACAAAGAACACAUGGCUGGCUGUCUGGCCAAACCAAGAGGCUGACUGCUUCAAUCUUUCACUCCGCUCUCUUCAACCAAAGUGCCAAGAUCACAAGCAGACACUGGAACCACCGGGGAUGAAGACCAGACCAUCUGUAAAAGUCAUGAUAAAAGGGGAGAGUUUAGGUACAGAUAACUACAUAAUGAGGAUACACUUUGAAUGCCCGGUGCGACACAGUGCUUCUCUUUCAGGUGCUGGUUAGAGCAGUUUUUCCCGUUACUUCUGUGUCUUUAGCAUCAGCGGCACAGGGACCAUCAGCGUCAACAUACACACAAACUGGUUUCCUGCAGUGCAUCUGGUUGCUGUACAUCAUGAAUAUUUCAGACGGUGCACACGAUGAAAGGUCAGAAUAUCAAUCACUAUGUUUAUU